UUUCGUUUUCUUGGUCAAAAACAUGUGCAUUUCUGCCGUUGUUGUCUCGUUAACACCGAGUAUUCUCAUUUGAUAACUGUUUAGCUCGUUGAAUUGGAAUGUUUCAGAUAUAACACUGUGGAACCUGAAAGUAAUGUCGUUGGUUCAGCUAUCUUGAUAUUGUUCAAAAGACUGGACAUUUUUGUGGCCUCGCGAGCGACAUGACCGUCCGUUCUUCGUCGAUCUGCACGGAAAGUGAACCAAGACGCAAUGGUGUUUAUGACAACAUCCGUAUCACAAAAUGUAUCGUAUGCUCGGGCAAUAGUCAAAUUGGAUGAAUAUUUGCUGGUAGAGGAACGAGCCAAAAGAUACAUGCCCGAAAUUGGUUUUUACUCGACGAAUAAUGUCCACGAAUCGUUGAGACGGCAAAUCGAUUUCACGGAAGAGGGUUUCAUGGAAAUCGUGCGUAGUUUGCAACGCCCACACUACUUUGUAUCAUCAGAAUAUUUGGGCAGUUUUUUCGGCAAAUUAUUUCGGUACGGUGUCAACAAAUAUACAUCGUUCUUUGUGGUGACCAAACUAAAUGGGUCAGAAAAGGCAACCGACAAAUGUUUGAAUCUACACAUCUGUGUGUAUACCGUUCGAGAUGUAAAUGGACAACGAGAUUCCAUUUAUUACGACCCAGCACCACCAUGCCAUUCCCGUGCUGUUCCCAACUUCAUUCGUGAAUUACGAAACCCUGAAAUGAGAAGUGCAACAGUUAUUUGGUAACGAUUGUGUUUAUCGUUGCUUCAAAUAUAUAAUUGGAAUACAAACGGGCAAAGUCAAAUUCGAACCCAAUUUAACAUGGAUGUCCAUAUGCACUCGUAAUACUCUUC